AUGGAGAGCCACCCCGUUCUCUUCUUCACAAACAGUGAAUUUGGCCAAGCAAGUAUCAUACUCGCCGUGGCCCACGAGUUCCUCCUUCGCCCAUCCUACACAGUCCACAUCGCCUCCUUCCCCAGUCUCGCCUCAUCCAUCGAUACCCUCAACGAGCGAGCCAAAGAGCUCGCGCCGACCACCACCAGUGCCACCUUUCACCCAAUCAACGGUCCAUCCAUGGUAGAUGUGUACAACAACACGCCCCAUUUCGUUGAUCAUUUCGACUAUCACCAGAUCGGGUUCCGGGGUGCCAAUCAGGCCUUCAACAACUUUAUCCCGAUGCUGAUGAACCCGUGGGAUGGGCCCCAGUUUGUCGCUAUCUAUCGUGAUUGCGUCGAUACCAUCAAGAAGGUUCGGCCUGUCAUUGUGGUCGUGGAUCCUCUGUUCACUAUUGGUUUGGAUGCUUGUCGGGUCUUGAGGUGGCCGCAUGUCCUGCUGAGUCCGAAUACCACGAAGGAUCUGGUUCCCCAGCCUCGGUUGGCGAAUCUGUGGAAAUAUCCAGCUCUCUGCACAGGAUACCCCUACCCAGUCCCGUGGUAUCUAGCCCCCCUCAACAUCUUCCUUACACUCAAGAUCUUCCUGAUACUCCUCGGCAACAAGCGCAUCAAGGAGCUCCGAGAGUACCGAAACAAGCACGGCAUCCCAGGCCCAAAUCCCUUUUUCACCAGCCCCGCAGGCGACAAAACCCCCUACCUCCUCGUGACCACACCAAGCGCAGACUUCCCCUGCUUCGUGCCCGACAACUUCACCCUCUGCGGACCGAUCGUGCGGCCCUGCGCUCCGAUCGCCCGCGAGAAUUCUCAGCUUGCGGCGUGGCUGUCCCUGCGUCCUACGGUACUCGUAAACAUGGGGUCUCAUGUGGCGUGCAGUGCGGCACAGGAGCGUGAGUUCGCAGAGGGUUUCCGCAUGUUGUUGGAGAAGCGAAGGGAUGUGCAGAUUCUGUGGAAGCUUCAGCGGCGGGGCGAGCGUGACGAGUCUGCUUUGGUCUGUCUGAGGGAGGCGAUCGAGAGGGAUCGUGCUCGGAUUGAGUCGUGGUUGAGUGUGGAUCCGAUCUGUGUGCUGAUGAGUGGACAGGUGGAGUGUAUGGUUCAUCAUGGGGGUUCGAAUUCCUAUCAUGAGGCGGUGAGGGCCGGAGUUCCCCAGGUCGUCCUGCCCACCUGGUUCGACACCUACGACUUUGCGCAUCGGGCAGAGUACUGCGGUAUUGGAGUCUGGGGCAGUCGCAAUAGCGCUCCAGCUGUCCGAGGCGUCGACUUAGGGCAAGCCUUGAUCCGCGUGCUGGCCAGCGAGGAAUCUAUCGGUAUGUCGGAUCGUGCGAAGAAAGUGGCUGCGCAGUUGGAGGGCGAGGGCCGCGUGAUUGCCUGCGAGAAGAUCAUUGGUCUGAUUCAGGGCCAGAAGGAUGGCUGCAAGUAG